AUGCAUUCCAGAGAGUCUUCCAGCACGACGCUCACCGCCGAAUCCUCGAGCGAACAACCAGCCCCCACGACCCCGGCUCAAACGCCAAAGCGCCCGCGCUCGCCUGUCGCGGGCGAGCCUGAGAGCAAGCGUCUCCGCCCCUCGUCCGGCGCACGAGCCAAUGCAGGUGACCGCAGCGUGGUCAAGGCCGGCACUCGCUGCGCUGCACUCGCUGCAAGACACGCGCGGCUGGUGGAGCUCGGGCGCGAGCUGGAGGCCUGCCAGGAAGACAUCACGCAGACGAACGAGCGGCUCGCUCGGUGCGAGGCCCAGUUAUCUGAGACGGUGACGCCGCGCGGGGACGCAGACACCGAGCUGGCGGAGGCAUGCGCACUGCUGGCGGACGUGCGGGCUCUGAUCGGGGAGGGGCAGGUGCUGCUGGCCGGUAUGACCGCGGAGCGGGACCGGCUCUCGCGGGAGGCAGCGACGGUUUGGGCGGAGCUUGUACAGGAGAGGACGAGAGAGGAUAAAAUACAGGCCCUGCAUGACAAGAACGCUUCGCUGCGGGUGGAAUUGGAGAGGUUACGACAAGUCCGGGCAGCGCAGGCGGCCGCUGUUGUGGCGGAGGAGGAACUGCACCAGUUGGAGCUCAAAACUCAAGCUGAGAUCGACCGGCGACUGGUCGUGGAGCGGAACAUCCAGAUCAUGAGCGAGAAGUUCGCCCGGGAAAUGUGGGAUCUGAUGGAUGUCAGGCUUGCCCUUCAACGGCAGCUGGAGGAGCUUAAGCGGAAGCGGGAGGACGAGCGCGCUGCGAAGGCACAGGAGCAAUGCCCCACCUUGGCAGAUGCCCGGGGAGAGGCCUUCGCUGGGAGUCAAGGGGCGUCCUCCGAGUCACGCGGCAGGAUGCCAGGGUGUUAG